AUCCACAUUACCGCCAUUGCUCUAAAAUCUUUGUUUUAUUAAAUCGACCACAGUAAAAACAUCACAGGUACAAAGGUUGAUGCGUUCCUGCUUAACACGACUUAGUAAUAACCAGGGGCGGACUGACAACUCAUGGGGCCCCCAGGCAAUAGGGGAUCAUGGGGCCCCUGUGUCCUUGCCCAAACUCAAAAAAGCCUAUGAAAAAAGUACCAGGGGCAUCUCAUGGGGCCCCCUACUGACUCCGGGCCCUCGGGCAGUGCCCAAGUUUCCAAAUGGUCAGUCCACCCCUGCGACACUGACUGGUGACAGUAUGAAAAAAAAAAAUAUAUAAAUUUUUUUUAUUUUUUUUUUAUUUUUUUAUUAUAUUUAAUUUUUUAUUACAUUUUUUUUAUUUUUUUUAAGAUUUUUUUUCAUAAUUUACUAUGACCAAAAUAGUACAAUGUUACCAUAGUAACACUGUACUACUUUGGG